GUGGAGCCUGUUCCCGGGCUGAAGGGUGAAGUCCGGACAGGGUGGCGCGUCUGUGCGCCUGAGUCCACGUUCGCGCGCCGCUGCGCGUGGGAGGGAUCAGUGUCCUCACGUCGCGGCGGCCGCGCGCGUCGAGGCAACAGUCACACAAGUAGUUGGGUCCUGAAAGCCUGUGGUAGUUUCUGGUUUUGUUUUGUUUUUUCAGUCCUCGCUCGCGGUCAUGGAGUCGCCGAGGAGGAGUCACCAUUUUGGAUCAGUGCUGUGCUGCGUCUUCGCGCUGUGUUUGCACCUGGAGUUCUGUUCGACGGGAGACUGCCCGGCAGACGGACGCACCUGGGUGCCCUUCCAGGACCAGUGUUACCACUUCGUCCACGGAGAAGAAGACAAAAUCAAAAGCUACACUUUUGAGAGGGCAAAAACCCUCUGCCGAGGUUUUGAGCUUUUGACCGUGCAGAGCGCUGCGGAGAAUCACUUUGUCAUUAUAUAUAGCCCAGAGGUGUGGAGAGGCAAGGUCAACGUGUGGCUGGGAAUGUAUUAUGACACAGACAGUGAAGACAUGAGGUGGUUCGGCGACGAAUCCCCCGUGGGGUUCACGAACUGGGAGGACAGCUCAUCUCCGUCGGACAUGGUGCCCUUGGACACGUGUGUGGCUCUGCACAGCAACACGGGCAGGUGGGAAAACGUCAGCUGCCUGGACGAAGUGGAGAACGGAGUGAUCUGUGAGACCGCUCAGAAGGAAGAGGAAGGCAAGCAGAGACCCAACGCGUUGCUGUCGGCCCUGGUCAUUCUCAGCGUUGUGGCUAUCAUGGGAAUCUCCGCGGUUAUUUGGUUCCUGCACCAGAAGAACAAUCUUGGCUCCACCAUCUUCACAGCGUUCGAGUACCACCCUCCGUUCCGAGUCCUGGACACGGACCAGUCCUGCCUGGUGGAGGCCGAGGAGACUGACAGUGUGCCAUAGAAGAACUGACUCUCCCUGGGUGGGUGUUCGUGUAAAGAGAGGUCCACCCUCACAACAGCCACUGAGGCUACAUCCAUAAUAAUAUGUUUUGGUUUUAAAACGAAAAACAAUCUCCGUCCAGACGAGCUUUGUAGCUCCCUAUCAGAAGUAAUCUCUGUCCAUAUCAACACACUUCAAAAACGCAUGUCAAAUGACUAUUCACAUACGCCGGGCCCGUGUGUGCUGGUGUAAACAAGAAGCAGAUUGUCCACCCUUCAGUUGGUUGCUUAGUUGCAGAAAAAAUACUACGAACGGGAAACGACAAUUGUGAAUCGUAAGAGCAGGAAAUUUAUUUUUUCUUGGACCGUUGACAAAGUAGAACUGUUACAGUGUUAUCAGUGUUUUUGCAUUCGCCACUGGUAAUCGAGUCGUGACUGAUAAGAACCAACCAGGAAGUGAAUGUUGGUGACUGCGUCAUCUUUUUCCUAACGUCUCUGUCUCUGCCCGUCCAGACUAAAACUUCUACUAAAAGAGUGGUGUGGACGGCAACAGGGAUGUGUUUUCAAACUAAAACGUAGAAGCGUGGAUGUAGCCUGAGAACGUUUUGUCAUGACUCAGAAUAGUUUAGUGUGAUUAUGACAAAACUGACCAGGCUCUUACUCUGAUACUAACCUCUUCACUGGGGCACUAUGAAAAUUGCAUUAACGGACACUUGCUAGUUAUCAAUCAAUUUCUGCAGAUUGAUUUUCAUCAACAGCUGUAGCUUAGUGUACAUGUCACCUGCCACCGCAUGAAACAUCCGAUUAUUAUCGGUCACUGCAUUCCUAGGCUAACUUUUGAGAUCGUUGUGUUUUUAAUACAAAGCUUUCCUACUUUUUGUGAGCAGAAGUUUUCUCAUAUUUAGUAUUUUAUUCCCAUAAAUUCGGGAGACUUCCAAGAGGCAGGCAUAGAAAGUGAAAGAAAAUCAGUGCAGCAGAUCCUCCAGAUAUCCUGACUCAUAUUCCUCAUUACGGAUCAAGCCAAGUCAAAAAUGCCAUAUUCUACUGUGAAUUUCCACGAAUGCGACAAAGUGCAUGUUUUUUCGUCAGAAGGUUUGUUUGUUUGAUCCCAGUGUGAUCAGGAGUCUGGUUACGACGAUGUAGAUGAAGCCAAUGAAGCGGAGUUCCACAGUCCAUGAAGCUGAAUGGGAUCCUAUUGAAAUGGAAAAUCAUCCUAAAUGACAGUAAAUACUGCCAGAGAUGCCAUUAGAGAUGCCCGUGCAUUUUGUUAAGUUGUCUCGACAGACGUAAGACUGAAUGUGAACAGCAAAUACUGUCAUUCCAGAAUAUUUUUGAGGUGGCUAUCAUAUAUAAUAAUAUUAAUAAUUUUCUGGUGUUUUUUUAUUUUUUUUUGCUGCCCUAUGGAAUCCUGAGCAUUGUCAUUGUUUAAUUUGUAAGCGACUCAUCAUGAUAUUGGUGUUGGAAAUGAUGGCUCAUCUUGUGACAUUAAAGACAAUCAAGAUUUGGCGAUAUGAUGGGUGUAAUCCAGGAUAAUGGCAAGUAGCCCCUGUUAAUACUGUUGUUUUCAACAGCAUAAAUGCUUUUGUGCAAUAUCUGUUAUUAAUUUGGCAGAAUCUGAGCCCCUUGUGUGUUUUUUCAUGAUAAAGUAUGUUUGACUAAAA